UAGAAUCUUCUCCUCUCUAGAGCGUUCCCGAAUUCCAGACCGCUACUCGCCGUUUUCCUUUUAACCCUUGCAUUCUUUCGAUUUCCCCUUGUAAUGGCGACGGUAGCGCAGAUUCCGACGAGUUUCGGCCACGAGCUUAGGGCCUGCCUUCGUUGCAGGCUCGUCAAAACCUACGACCAGUUUAGAGAAUCGGGCUGCGAAAAUUGCCCAUUUUUUAACAUGGAUAAUGAUCAUGAGCAUGUCGUCGACUGCACUACACCCAAUUUUACUGGAAUAAUUUCAGUCAUGGAUCCAAGUCGAAGUUGGGCAGCUCGGUGGUUGAGAAUUGGAAAAUUUGUUCCUGGUUGUUAUACACUUGCUGUCUCAGAGGCGCUUCCAGAUGAAUACCAGGGAAUUUGUGAAGACAACCAUGUCCAAUAUGUGCAGCCCAAACGUGUAUGAUGACUGUUUGGAUGUGUAUCAUCACUUUUUGAUGUGCAUUUGUUCUGUGAGGCACUCCAAACUUGUUGCUCGUCUUAGUAUAGUUGGCAAACUGCUGCUGAUAGGAAACCCAAAGAUGGUUUCAGCUUAACAUUUGAGGGCGUGUUUGGAUGCACUGUAUUUGCAAUUACCGGUCUGAUGGGAGUGGAAGUAGCCAAGUUGUGAUAAUUUUCCUAGCAUUGGUGGCUCGAUAUUGCAAUUGCGUUUGCUAUCUAGAUGUGGACUUGACUGGAACAUAAUCAUAAUCUGAGGGGUAUUUCCUCGUUAUGAAUGCUAGGAAACAUCAUUAAUUCAGUUUGGAAUCUGUUUGACUUGUGUGUCUAAACAUGGCCUAAAGGUGGAGCCUAUAGUCACUUUUUUUGCUACUUUGUUUUGUGCAUGUGAUGAAGCAUUGAUUUGUUGAACCCCUGUUUAUAGCUAUAAUAGAACGUUGCUAUACCA